AUGGAAUUGCCCUUAUUUCCUGACAGCAACAUAGCUAAGAACUACCACAGCGCAAGAAUGAAGACAACUUGCAUAUUGAAUGGAUCAAUAGCUCCACACGUAAAACAGACAUUAGUUGAACAGCUGAAAUCCGGAGUUUUUAGCAUGUCAACAGAUGGUUCUAAUGACAAAGACCUCGACAAAAUGAAUCCAAUCACGGUAAAACUUUUUGACAUUAACGCGUCAAGAGCAGUUACCCGUUUCCUGGACAUGGGAGUGACUCAGGGUGUGGAUGCUGCUAAGGCUUCUACAAUAUUUGAAGCAAUCGAUGAAGUUAUGACCGACAACAGUAUACCCUGGAAAAACUGCAUAGCCUUCUCUGUUGAUAAUACCAGUGCAAACCUUGGUCAGUUUAACAUAUUAUUCACCUGAGUACACAACACCAACACAGAAAAAUAUUCAUAUUACUAGAACACAAUGGUAUUGAAGGAACUAGAUACUGUUCCGAAAUAUCACAUCGUAGGUUCGAAUCCCACCGUGGCCGGGCAUAUUUUUCAAGCUCGCCCGGUGUGGAUAUGCACUCAGAGUAACAUCGCAAACAUAAGACAUUGAAAUGUUGUCAUAACCAAUGGCCUUUCCAGAUGGAAAAGCUUUAGUGAUAUGUUUUAUUUCAUUUUCUAAAACUGGUUCAAGAAAAAUACUAUUUAAAAAUUCUCCAGAAAGAAAUGACCUAGCAGAAGCUGAAGAUGCUGGAAUUUUUCUGGCUAAUGAGGGACCUAGAUUGCUGAAGUAA